AUGGAACACUUUUUCCAUGGAAUUCCACGGAUUUUUUAUGGAAUUCCACGGAUCUUACGGAAAAUCUACAUUAGGGUAGAUAAAGACACUGCAAAUCCAUCAAAGGCCUGGGAGAGAAUAAGAAUCAAGCAGCAGCACACCAGAUGUCCCCACCCAGACCCCAUCACCCCUGUCACACCUGACAAGAUUCGAUUUGUCUGUAUAUCUGACACCCAUGGGAAGAUUGAGAGGUCAGGCUUACGUAUGCCUCCUGGAGAUGUGCUUCUUCAUGCUGGGGACUUUACAACGAGAGGACAGCUAACAGAAAUUGAGAAAUUUAACUCAUACCUAGGUUUUCUGCCAUACAAGGUAAAGGUUCUCAUUGCUGGAAACCAUGAUUUAACCUUGGAUGAGGAACUCGGUGAUUCAACUUUGCAAUCUUUUGGACUUCAGCAUUCUGAGAUUGAGUCAUACCUUAAAUCCAGGGGACUUAAAUCUGUCAAGGAAAUGUUAACAAAUGCAGUGUAUCUCCUAGAUUCCUCAGUCAGUAUAUGUGGGAUCAAGCUUUAUGGUGCACCUUGGCAACCUAUUUUUCGUAACUGGGGUUUCAAUGUGAAAAGAGGGGAAGAACUAUUAGAGAAAUGGCAGAAAAUUCCAACUGACACUGAUAUCCUCAUAACACAUGGACCCCCAGUUGGACAUGGGGAUCUGACCGGUGGAAACAAUAAUGUAGGCUGUGUAGAACUCCUUAAUACAGUACAGAAAAGAGUCAAACCAAAGUACCAUGUGUUUGGACACAUUCAUGAAAGUUAUGGGGUGACCUCAGAUGGGUUCACGACCUUUAUCAAUGCUUCGACCUGUACUAUAAGAUACAAACCCACCAACUCACCUAUUGUGUUUGACUUUGACAUUCCAGAGGGACGUAGUAAAGAAGAACUUCUACACAUGGAGAAAAAUUCCUCAUACUGAUUGAUUUCUUACAUAGUUUUAUUUAUUUUUUUCCUCAACUACAUCUUUAUUGAACACAUGCAUAUAUCGGUAUAUACAUGUGCAAUUUAGUCAGGGAUUGAAAAUCAUUUUUUCCAGGAACUCAGAUUGAUGAAAAAUGUUAACAUAAACAUAUUUUUUCUGCUAUGAUCAAGUAUGAAAAG